CUCUUGCAACGCAUGGCUGUUUGUGAUUCCUAUCACUAACUCAACGAAAGUGAAGAACAUUUAAAAAUGUCGGAAACAGUCAGCUCUACUGACGUUAGUUCUAACACCAAAAAGGAAAACAAACAAGAAAUAGAGAUUAAAGAAAAGCACCCAGAUGUUUUAAAAUCAUCGUUUAGUAUUAGUAGUAUUUUGGGAUGCGAUAAAGAAGAGACAAGGUCAGAUGAAAAAGAAAAUGCUUACAAACUGUCAACGAACCAAACGGAUGAUUCCUCUACAAUUCAAAAACAAUCUGAAGAUUCUUCUCAACCAUCGAAUGAUGCAAAAAUAACAAUAACUAAUGAUAUAAGUGCGUCAAAUAAGCAGGGACUGACACACGCAGUCGAAGGAGUACCUCGGAGACCACUACACCCUGGCUUUCCACCUUUUAUAGAUCCACGAUUAUUGGUUGCUAAGGCCCCAUGGUUUCCAUGGAUACAACCCCAUCCGUAUCUUCACCUACCUGGAUUACAUCAAUCCACUGGCUCCCAUUCAUUGAACAGCCACCAGCUAACAAUAGGUGCAAGACCUGCCUUGCAUCCUGCUCUCUCGCCACACAAACCAACUCUCGAGUCACCUUGUCAGUCUCGCGAUGGUCAGGACCCGGAAGACAGUGAUAUGGAUGACCAAGAUGAUGGCGAUAUGAAACAGGUCGACGCGACGUCGGCUGCAGAAUCAAAAAUGGAACGCAAAAAGAAAACGAGGACAGUAUUUUCCAGAAGUCAAGUCUUUCAACUAGAAUCAACUUUCGAUAUGAAACGGUAUUUAUCAAGUUCCGAGAGAGCGAGUCUAGCGGCGUCGCUACAUUUAACUGAAACGCAGGUAAAAAUCUGGUUUCAAAACAGAAGAAAUAAAUGGAAAAGACAAAUUGCUGCCGAAUUAGAGGCGGCGAAUAUGGCGCACGCAGCCCAGAGAAUGGUGAGGGUACCCAUACUUUAUCAUGACAAUAUCCACCAGUCAUCUGGCACUUCUCCGCGUGUCACGACCCCUCAGUAUAACCCAAUGUAUCUACCGCUAGCCCAAAUCCGACCUAGCAUACAAUCCUCCAUGUAAACUUCCUAUAGAAA